GCCGCGCCGGCGUCUUCUCGUUCCUGCCCGCGGUCGUCGCUUGCCGUCACCCGUUUCUGGCUGCUGGCCCUCCCUGCCGCAGCCUCGCAACGCCGCCCGACCACCGCCGUUCGCCGCCGGCUGCACUUGCUGCACGCGCCCUGGCCGUGCCGCUCGCUCUGGCCUUGUCGUUCCCAUGCGCGCUCGAAGCGCAUCCCGCCCCGCACCCACAGCCACCAGCUUGCGCCCCGUCGCCCACCUCCUUGCUCGCGCCCUGCUGGUCCCGCCCCGCUCUCCCUCGCCGACUCCCUGCGCUUGCCUCGCCCAGCUGCCGUGGCCGGCCGGUGUGACGCGCCGCCGAGCGCGCCCCCAACACCAGUACUGCUAGAGCUAUCACUGCAAUGAGCAAGACAUGCAUGGUGUUCUUCUUCUUACUUGAGCAGAAUAUAUCUUUAUCUUUUGAGCAUAUGGGAUUGCCUUCUAGUAUAGUGACGUGAUUACACAACAUAUGAAAUAAAAAUCAGCUCAGCUAAAAAAUAUCAGCUGCAACCGCUCUAUCAAUUAAUGAUUAUAAGAUUAUAACAUGUCUUCAUUGUCUCACAUGACAAACUUGCUAGUGGUCUUUCUAAACAACUGAACCUUCUCAAGGAGAAAAAAAGGUACAUAGUUUCUAAAUAUGCGUGGUUAUUGAUUGGUUCUUACGUGCCUUUCAUGUUGAAAGCACUAUGUUAUAAAGUUCUACAUGCUAGUAUAUGAAAUAGAAGCACCUAAAUUGGACUUCGAUAACCAUCCGUUUGGAGCUCAACUGCUUCAGCCAUCGGGCACUGCAGCUGGAGUAGCAGCUUACGUUUAAACAAUUUCUAGUUCAGAUUAAUCUUCUGCUACCUGGGGCAGGUAUUCAUGUACUUAAGUACUUUCCUUAUCUAAGCUUAUAUUUGGGACGGAAAUCUCUUGUUGAGGUGGUAAAUUUGAUUAUCAGCAGGAAGUGAGCCUAGCCCAGCACUACCUGUCAGUUUGCCAAUUGAACGUUUCUUGCUUGAUUCCGCUUUCAUUACAGAUAAUACGGAUGGAUGAGGUCACACAAGCCGUUGAAAACUUGAAAAAGGAAUGGAGCCAAGCAGUUGCACAGCUUGAGGUGUGCAUUGCUGCAAUUGAAUCUUGUGGGAAGAUGGGAAAAGGGACAGAAGAAGCAAUGUCUCUUCCUAGGUUGAACGGUUCUGCACAGGAUGCACUGCAAUUGCUCAAUGCACUGCAGUGCAGACUUGAUCUUCUGGCAGAGCAGCUACCCACUUUUGAAGAAGUUCAGUCUGGACAGGCAACCUUAGGGUCAUGGAAGGAACAAUAUCAGAGGCUGCGUGUGAGACUGAGGAGUGCUAACUUACAAGCAAAAGCGAACAUGGGAAAGGCUGCUCAAGAAGAGAGGGAGCUUCUUCUGGGAGGUGGAGAAGAGUCCACUAUCCGUAGGCGUAAUCUCCAGACAAAGGCUGGGAUGACAUCUGCUGCAGAAAGUAUUACUGAGAGCCUCCGUAGGUCUCGGCAGUUGAUGGUUCAGGAAGUGGAAAGAAGCGCUAAUACCUUGUCAACUUUUGAUGAAUCGACAAGUGUUCUCCGAAAGGCUGAAGGUGAAUAUCAAGGACACCGCUCUUUGCUGAUGCGCACCCGUGGUUUGCUCUCCACGAUGCAACGACAAGAUGUUCUUGAUAGGAUCAUCCUGACUGUUGGGUUCCUCAUAUUCUCCUUGGCAGUUCUGUAUGUUGUCUCGAGACGUAUUGGCCUGUUGACACUGCAAAGGAAGUUGGCUGAUGCAAUCAGAUCGGGCUCAGUAUCAGCUGGAGACAUAUUGGGUAAAGUGCCCCAAGAUGGACCUGCCCCAACAAAUGCUCCUCGCGUCUAUGAUGAACUGUGAUUUACUUCCAUCCAUUGUUUGUUGUACAUAUGAGCUUACAACCAGAAGCAAGCUAACCUUUCAGAGUUGUUAUUUCUUAGUUCAUGUUGUCUAAUGUUUUGAGUCUUGCUCUUGAUACUUUGAUAGAUAGUUAGUCAUUCAUUUAUUCUGCCCCCUUUA